CCCAUGGCCAAGCGGCGUGCGGCCGAGCCGCUGACGUUCCACGUGCCUUGGAAGCGGCUCCUGCUCUGCGACUUCCCCGAGGAGCCGCCGCCGCCGCUCUGGAUCCCGCCGCCGGGGGCCUCGCAUCCCGGGCAGCCCGUCGGCGUCCCGGAGCCGCCCCGAAAGCGCAAAAUCGACGCGGGGGCUAUGACUGAGGCUUCAGCUUCGCCCAGCAAGCGCCGCGACGGCGGGGACACCAGCGUUCCGGGCGGCGUGGAGCGUGAGGGCCAAGGCCUGGAGACGGGCGAGCCGCAGUUGCUGCAGCCUCCCGUGCGGCCCCGCGGGCCGGGGGAGGAGCCCCGGGGCGCCCGGCCCCCGAGGGGCGGUGGCGACGACGGGGCGGGGCGCACGGAGCCCCCACGGGGAGACUGGGGGGCCGCACCGCGCCAGCUCAAUGAAGAAUUCUGGCAGUAUAACACCUUCCAGUACUGGAGGAAUCCCCUGCCACCUAUUGAUCUGGCAGACCUCGAAGACAUCAGCGAAGGCAGCCUGCGGGAAGCAAGGCUUCAGGGCAAGAACGAAGUGGUUGAGAUCGACAUGGAGUCCUGACAUAAGCACCUGAACAAUAGGUCUUUCGGCUUCGGCCUUUGAGGCGACCUCUCUUAAGUGAAUUUGCAUAUUCUUAAGGAGAAAAGUUAUUUUCCAUACUUGAUGCGAUACCAUUCCCAAACCUGAAAAAUGAGGAAGAGUUGUUUUAAAGAUAAAUGCCUGUGGUCACUACUGAAACUCCCAAGAGGGAUUUGUCAAGGAUCUAGUGCAGUUAGAGGGGAAGUAUUUUAUAUAUGUACUCUCAAAGAAAUAUUUAUGUUUAGAUUCUGAAUUUGAAAAUAUUGGUCUUCUAAAAAAGAAUUCUGACAGUUUUAGAAACAGGUGGGAAAUGCUCAAAUGUUCCUCUUGUCUGUACCAAAAAGUUAAUUUGUGGUACGUGAAAUGAAUAUUGUUUUUUACCUGUUAUUAAUAAAAUGCUUUCUAGUACAUCGUAUCGACUCUUCUUAGUUGAACAAAUAACUGACUUAAACAUCUAUGCAAACUUAAAGUGCGGGGGACUCUUCAAGGUGGUAUAGUUUUAAAAGAACUUUCUAAAUGUAAAGCGUAACAUAGAAUUUCAAUUUGGGGAGCAUGUUUGCAUAGCUUCCAGUAUUUGAUAUUUGUUUAACUCUACUCUGGGGAAUCAAAAAUGGAUAGAGAACAAUGAGAAGUGAAGAGGUUCUUCCCUCCCCCUUUUCCCAGGUUAAGAGGAAAGAAAUUUAGUGGUAUUAAUUUCUUGGCUUUGAGUUGCUUUGAGGGCACGGUUUUUAUUGCUUAUUGCUUCAGACUUACAGUUCUCAACACUGGCAACACUUCAGAAAUCUUUGCCUGAGUAGCACUCAAGAGAUUCCCGUUUAACUGUCUGAGAUGGGCCUUGGGUAUAGCUAUUUUUUUAGGCACCGAUCCUCCUCCUUUUCCCCAAUCCUAAUAUGCCGACAGCUUUGAGAACCACUAAACUGAUGGUAGUUUUUCCUGUUUAAAGGAGAUAACAUUUGACGUGAAACAGCACCUCUUAAUUAGCUUUGUUUUUAUUUCACUCUACUGAUGGAUUUGUUACAAGUAACUUAC